AUGGCAGGCUUACACACAAGAUCUGCAAUGGCUGCCCCCUUCUCUUUGGCCGCGGCCUUCCGCAGCCUUUCUAUUGCACCGAAGCGAUCCUUCUCAACAACGCCGGCAACGCAAUCGGUUCCGAAACUACCGGACACUGCUCCAGUCUACCCCUACGGACCGUCCAAGUGGUAUAAGCAGGCCGACUCCGGUCUCUACGGAGGCGCUUCGAUCCGAUUCGGCAACAAGAUCUCCAAGGGACGCAACGCAGGCAAGACACGACGAAGCUGGAAGCCCAAUGUGCGCCGAAAGAAGAUCGAGAGUGAGGCUCUUGGCGAGUCGGUCUUUAUCAAGGUCACUCGUCGUGCCUUGCGAUCAAUCUACAAGGCCGGCGGCCUAGACAACUAUUUGCUGUCUGAUCGGCCCACACGCCUCAAGGAGCUUGGUCCUUUCGGAUGGAAUCUUCGACACCAGAUUAUGCAGACACCAAAGAUCAAGGACGAAUUUGAAUCUCAGCGCAAGGCCUACGGUAUUCCUGAGCCCCCGUCAUUGAGCAAAUGGAUGAGGGACCACAGGCUGGAAAUCAGAAACAAAAUCGACAACCUAGACAUUGACGCAUUGACCAAGCCUCGCAAAGGUUCGCGACGCACCCAGUCUUAUGCUCGGUAG